UGGCUCAUGGUCGUAUCCCUGGCGGUGCUGUACAACGUCAUUUUCGUCUUGGGAAGAGCGGUAUUUUGGGAGUUGAACAACAAGGAAAGGAUCACGCCGCUGUGGUGGACCCUGGAUUACCUCUGCGAUCUCAUCUACAUCUUGGAUGCCUUGGUCCAUGCUCACGAAGGCUAUCUGGAGCAAGGCCUCCUGGUGACGGACCCGCACAAGCUCCGCGGCCACUACUUCCAGUCCAAGUCCUGGAGGACGGACCUCAUAUCCGUGCUGCCCACCGACCUGGCCUACAUAUGGUGGCCGCCCUUCGAGUGCAACAAAAAAGUGCCGUGUCCCGUGAUAGUGAGACUCAACAGGCUGUUCAAACUGCCUCGCUUGUGGGAGUGGUUCGAAAGGACAGAGACGGACACAAACUACCCGAACGUGUUCAGGAUUUGCAAAGUGGUGCUGGCUAUCCUCGUUCUGAUCCACUGGAACGCUUGUUUGUAUUUCGCGAUCAGUUACGCGAUUGGGUUCGGUACGGAUAACUGGGUGUACAACUUGGACGGACCGCAGAACGGUACUUUGGCGAGGCAGUAUAUCUAUAGUUUCUAUUGGUCGACCUUGACGCUAACCACCAUCGGGGAAACCCCUGUGCCUGAGAACGACGCGGAGUAUUUGUUCGUUGUCGCUGAUUUUCUCGCUGGCGUGCUGAUUUUCGCUACGAUUGUAGGAAACAUCGGUUCCAUGAUAUCCAACAUGAACGUGGCCAGAGUGGACUUCCAGAACCGCAUGGACGGCGUAAAACAGUACAUGGCUUUCAGAAAAGUGGAUCGGGAGCUGGAGGCCCGUGUUAUCCGGUGGUUCGCAUACACGUGGGCGGAAAGCGGUGCCUUGGACGAGGAAAGGGUAUUGUCGGCUCUGCCUGACAAGCUCAAGGCCGAGAUAGCAAUCAGAGUGCACUUGGAGACGCUCCAGAAGGUCAGGAUUUUCCAAGACUGCGAACCAGGUUUGCUGGAAGCGUUGGUCUUGAAGCUCCGGUUGCAGGUAUUUUCUCCUGAAGACUACAUAUGCCGCAAGGGUGAUGUUGGGAAAGAGAUGUAUAUUGUGAAAAGAGGAAGAUUACAGGUAGUAGCAGACGAUGGACUCACAGUGCUUGCCAUUCUCGGUGCUGGUUCUGUCUUUGGAGAGGUCAGCGUUCUGGAUAUAGCAGGAAACCGAACGGGAAAUCGCAGAACUGCCAACGUUCGAUCCUUGGGGUACUCCGAUCUAUUUUGUCUGGCCAAGGAUGAUCUUCUAGUGGCCCUCGCAGAUUACCCAGAGGCUAGAGCGACUUUGACAGAACGCGGCUGUCAGCUGUUGCGUAAGGACGGCCUCCUCGACGAAGAACAGUUCCAAAACGCGAGAGAGACACAGGAAUCGAUCGUAGACAGUAUCAAAAAAUUGGAAAACACCGUGGAGACAUUGCAAACACGUCUGGCAAGGUUUUUGGCCGAGUUCACGGCUAGCCAGGCGAAAUUGAAACAGCGCUUGACGAAAGUCGAGAGCAGGCCCGAGAAAUCAAAGGAGACCGACGCCUCCAGGAAUAUGCUGCUCGUUCCCGCGGGGAGACGCAGAUUGCAUUCGUUCGAGGUCAGGAGAGAAGACGCCGUCAAAUUCAACUUCAAUAGUUCCAGGCACAAGACUAUGUAGAGAUCGACCAAAUACUAUUUUAAGAUAAACGUUAAUUUUUUAUGUUCACAUAGUACAAUUUGGUAUAUUAUAUAAAUUAGUUUGGUAUCAUA